AUGCCAGGGGAGGAGAGGUCAGGGGAGGGUCCGAACAGCGUGACCAGCAAUGUGAAGGGGCAGGGGUCUGAACCUCCAGACCCACAAUAUUCGAACUCAGCAACAGCCCAGUGGAAGAGAUGCACAGGGCAAGAGAUAAUAGUAGCAGAAUUUCACAGGAAAAUCAAAGAGGCUUUUGAAGUGUUUGACCAUGAGGCAAAUAACACAGUGGAUGUGAGAGAGAUUGGAACAAUCGUCAGGUCACUGGGGUGCUGCCCUAACGAAGGAGAGCUGCACGAUCUGAUUGCAGAGGUAGAGGAAGAAGAACCCACCGGAUACAUUCGAUUUGAAAAAUUUCUUCCAGUGAUGACCAAUGUACUACUGGAAAGAAGAUACAGACCAAUUCCAGAAGAUAUCCUUCUUCGAGCUUUUGAGGUAUUAGAUACAGCUAAACGUGGGUUUCUCUCUAAGGAAGAAUUGAUCAAGUAUAUGACUGAAGAAGGUGAGCCUUUUUCUCAGGAGGAAAUGGAAGAGAUGUUGUCUGCUGCAAUUGAUCCAGAAUCGAAUUCCAUUCAUUACAAGGACUAUAUAACGAUGAUGGUGAUAGAUGAAAAUUAAACACUCUAAAGACUUAAUUCCUAAUUGAAAGGAUAAUUUAGAAAA